AAAAGAGUCAAAGAAUCAUUUAAUCAACAUCAUAAUCAUGUUUAUGUGAAGGGAAUGAUUUAGCUAAUAAGUUCCCCACGGACUCUAUGUUAUUGACUUUGGAUUCAAGCUCAUUCAGUCUGGAAUUUUUAACAUUUGCAUCAUCAUUAUCUUCUCAAGAUAUACUGUGAUGCCGGAUCCCAGAAUUCAUGGAUGUGUCUUUGCUGUUAUGUUUUGUUUUGUCAUCCUCACAGCAGACUCUCAACAAACAGAUCCUUCAGAAGUAAAAGUGCUGCUAGGCAUCAGAAAGAGUUUGAUUGAUCCAAAGGGUCACCUGAAGAACUGGAAUAAGAGUGACCCGUGUGCAGCGAAUUGGACUGGGGUUUGGUGUUUUCGUAAGAAAGGGGCUGAUGGUUACUUCCAUGUUCGUGAACUCUACCUGAUGAAUUUGAAUCUCUCGGGAAGUUUAGCACCUCAGCUUGGUCAGCUCUCCCAACUUCAUAUACUGAGUUUCAUGUGGAACAACCUCACAGGCACCAUACCCAAGGAGAUUGGAAAUAUGACAUCCUUGUUACUCUUGCUCUUGAAUGGGAACCAGUUAUCUGGUAGUUUACCAGAUGAGCUUGGAAACCUUUCAAAUAUGACUAGACUCCAAGUUGAUGAAAACCAAUUGUCAGGUCCUAUACCAGAAUCAUUUGCCAACAUGAUCAAUGUUAGACACCUUCACAUGAACAACAACUCAUUGAGUGGUCAACUUCCAUCCAACCUUUCAACCCUACCCAAUCUUCUGCACUUGCUGUUGGACAACAAUAACUUAUCUGGACAUCUGCCAGCAGAAUUCUCCAAGAUACACACUUUAAUUAUCCUCCAACUUGAUAACAAUAAUUUCAGCGGGAAUGGAAUACCUUCUAACUAUGUAAACUUAUCCAGCCUAGUAAAACUGAGUCUAAGAAACUGCAGUCUGCAAGGACCUAUUCCUGAUUUCAGUUCAAUGCCAAAACUUAGCUAUUUAGAUCUUAGCUGGAACCAAUUUACUGGAUCCAUUCCAUCAAAUAAACUUGCAGACCAUAUGACAACUAUUGAUGUGUCCAAUAAUCAUCUCAAUGGAUCUAUUCCUCAGAACUUCUCAUAUCCUCAUCUCCAAAAAUUGGCACUGGAGAACAAUUUACUGACUGGGUCUAUCACUGCUAGCUUUUGGCAGAACAUAUCCCUCAACAAUAGUGCAAAACUUACAAUUAAUCUUCAGAACAACUUACUUUCGGAUGUUGUGGGAAAUCUGAAAACCCCUGCCAAUGUUACCUUGAGGCUUUCUGGAAAUCCUGUCUGCAAGGAUUCAAACAUACAAAGCAUUGAUCAAUAUUGUGGACAUGAAGGAGAUGAAGUAGACAUUAAUUCAAAUUCAAAAAUUGAAUGUCAAGUUCAAUCUUGUCCAUUGGAUAAUUUCUAUGAAUAUGCCCCAUCUUCUCCAGUUCCUUGCUUUUGUGCAGCACCUCUGAGAAUAGGAUACAGGCUCAAAAGUCCAAGUUUUUCCUUUUUUCCACCCUAUAUAACUGAUUUUGAGUCAUAUAUGACUGAGUCCUUAGACUUAAACAUCUAUCAGUUAUCAAUAGAUUCAUAUGCUUGGGAAGAGGGACCUCGUCUUAACAUGCACUUAAAAUUUUUUCCCUCGUACAAUGAUUCUGAGUCCAAUACGUUCAAUGCAAGUGAGGUCCAUCGCAUUGGAGACAUGUUUACAUCAUGGCAUUUUCCUCGUACCGAUUUUUUUGGACCGUAUGAACUUCUGAACUUCACUCUUCUUGGACCUUAUGCACAUUUAAUUGCUGAUUCAGAGAGGAGAUCAAAAACAAGUACAGGAAUAAUAGUUGCUAUUAUUAUAGGAGCUGUUGCCUGUGUUUUAGCAAUAUCUGCAAUAGUCAUUCUCUUAACUUAUAGAAGAAAUGGGAAAUACAAGCACUUGAUUUCCAGGAAACGCAUGUCCACUAGCAUACACAUGAAAGUAGAUGGCAUGAAAGCGUUUACUUAUAAAGAAUUGGCUCUUGCUACUAACAAAUUUGAUAUCUCUAAUAAAGUUGGACAAGGAGGCUAUGGGAAUGUCUAUAAAGGCAUUUUAUCAGAUGAUACAUUUGUUGCCGUUAAGCGAGCAGAAGAAAGUUCAUUACAAGGCCAAAAGGAGUUUUUGACUGAGAUUGAGCUUCUAUCAAGGUUACAUCAUCGAAAUCUUGUUACACUGAUUGGCUACUGUGAUGAAGAAGGGGAGCAGAUGCUGGUUUAUGAAUUCAUGCCCAAUGGCACCCUAAGGGACUGGAUUUCUGGCAAAAGAUCAAAAACCAAGGAAAGUCUAGGUUUUGGUAUGAGAUUGCGGGUUGCCAUGGGUGCAGCCAAAGGCAUAGUAUAUCUGCAUACAGAGGCUAAUCCUCCUAUAUUCCACCGAGACAUCAAAGCCAGUAAUAUACUUUUGGACUCCAAGUUCACAGCGAAAGUGGCCGAUUUCGGACUGUCGCGACUUGUACCGUACUUAGAUGAAGAAGGAACUGAACCUAAAUAUGUGUCAACAGUUGUGAAGGGAACACCAGGUUACAUGGACCCAGAGUAUUUGUUGACUCAUAAGUUGACUGAUAAAAGUGAUGUGUAUAGCUUAGGGAUUGUGUUUUUGGAGCUUUUGACCGGCAUGCAUCCAAUAUCUCAUGGGAAAAACAUUGUCCGUGAGGUUAAUUUGGCUUGUCAGUCUGGCAUGGUUCAUUCCAUUAUAGACAGCAGAAUGGGUUUCUAUCAAUCUGAAUGCGUGGAGAAGUUUUUAACUUUGGCCCUCAGUUGUUGCCAAGACAAUCCAGAGGAGAGACCAUCAAUGUUAGAUGUGGUGAGGGAACUGGAAGAUAUUAUGGCAAUGUUACCAGAAACUGAAACUAGCUUCUCAGAUGUUACCUUAGACAAUUCUGGUAAAAUGGCACCCUCAUCAUCAUCAUCACCAUCAACCUCAGGAUUCAAUGUGACGAGGAAGGAUCAGCACAUGUCCGAAUAUGUCUUAGGAAGUGAUCUUGUCAGUGAUGUCAUUCCCACCAUUGUUCCUCGCUGAUGAUGUAUUAUAUUACUAGUCUCCCUGACAUCUUCCAAAAAAAUGUAAUUAUACCAGUUAACUAUACUUUUUUUACACUAAAAUUUUGAUAGGGCAGAGGUAGGAAGUUCAGCAAGUGAUCUGAACUUUUGUAAAUUUCAUACUCAUGUGUACAAAUAUUGUGCUAUUAAGAAGCAGAAGGAAAUGAGAGAUGUUUAAUUUAUAUUUUAAAAA